CCUGCAGGGUGGACCCGGCGAUCGGGUCUCCGCGGUGCCAUUUCGGGCGCGGGCGGGAAGCGGACGCUCCGCACCUGCCCCGACCUCGGGCCCCGCGGACCCGGCGCGGGCACCUGUGGCUGCGUCCUAUGGCGCACGUCGAGGCGGAGGCUCUGGGGAGCCGCCGGGGCCGCCUGUAAGCCGGGGACCGGAGAAGGCACCGGCGCGCACGAUGCCGCUCCCUGCGGAGUCGAGGGCAGCGGGGCGCGAGGUGGCCCUGGCGCUGGUGCUGCUGCUGCUCCCAGCCGCGCCCGCGGGCGCCAGCGUCCCGCCGCGGCCCCUGCUCCCGCUGCAGCCCGGCAUGCCCCAUGUGUGUGCUGAGCAGGAGCUGACCCUGGUGGGGCACCGCCAGCCAUGCCUGCAGGCCUUCAGCCGCAUGGUGCCUGUGUGGAAGCCAGGCUGCGGGUGGCAGGCGUGGUGUGUCGGCCACGAGCGGAGAACCGUCUACUACCUGGGCUACAGGCAGGUGUAUACCACAGAGGCCCGGACUGUGCUCAGAUGCUGCCGAGGGUGGACGCAGCUGCCCGGUGAGGAGGGCUGCCUCUCGGAUGUGGACGAGUGCAGAACCCACAACGGUGGCUGCCAGCACCGGUGCGUGAACACCCCAGGCUCCUACCUCUGUGAGUGCAAGCCCGGCUUCCGUCUCCACACUGACGGCAGGACCUGCCUGGCCAUCAGCUCCUGCGCCCUGGGCAAUGGCGGCUGCCAGCACCACUGUGUCCAGCUCACCAUCACUCGGCACCGCUGCCAGUGCCGGCCCGGCUUCCAGCUCCAGGAGGAUGGCAGGCGCUGUGUCCGGAGAAGCCCGUGUGCCGAAGGGAAUGGCGGCUGCAUGCACAGGUGCCGGGUGCUCCGGGGCCUUGCCCACUGUGAAUGCCACGCAGGCUAUCAGCUGGCAGCGGAUGGCAAGGCCUGUGAAGAUGUGGAUGAAUGUGCUGCAGGGCUGGCCCGAUGUGCCCACGGCUGCCUCAACACCCAGGGGUCCUUCAAGUGUGUGUGCCGCGCGGGCUACGAGCUGGGUGCCGAUGGCCGGCAGUGCUACCGGAUCGAGAUGGAGAUCGUGAACAGCUGUGAGGCCAACAAUGGCGGCUGCUCCCAUGGCUGCAGCCACACCAGUGCCGGGCCCCUGUGCACCUGUCCCCGCGGCUACGAGCUGGACGCAGAUCAGAGGACCUGCAUCGAUGUCGACGACUGUGCAGACGACCCAUGCUGCCAGCAGGUGUGCUCCAACAGCCCCGGCGGGUACGAGUGUGGCUGCUACGCCGGCUACCGGCUCGGUGCCGAUGGCUGCGGCUGCGAGGAUGUGGAUGAGUGCGCCUCCGGCCGUGGCGGCUGUGAGCACCACUGCACCAACCUGGCCGGCUCCUUCCAGUGCUCCUGCGAGGCCGGCCACCGGCUGCGUGAGGACCGCAGGGGCUGCAGCCCACUGGAGGAGCCAGUGGUGGACCUGGACGGUGAGCUGCCCUUUGUGCGGCCCCUGCCCCACAUCGCCGUGCUUCACGAUGAGCGGCCUCGCCUCUUCCAGGACGACUACAUCGGGGCUGACGAGGAGGAGGCGGAGCUGCGGGGCGAACACUCACUCACAGAGAAGUUUGUCUGCCUGGAUGACUCCUUUGGCCACGACUGCAGCUUGACCUGUGAUGACUGCAGGAACGGAGGGACCUGCCUCCCAGGCCUGGACGGCUGUGACUGCCCCAAGGGCUGGACUGGGCUCAUCUGCAAUGAGACUUGUCCUCCGGACACCUUCGGGAAGAACUGCAGCUUCUCCUGCAGCUGUCAGAAUGGUGGGACCUGCGACCCUGUCACGGGGGCCUGCCGCUGUCCCCCGGGUGUCAGUGGGACCAACUGUGAGGACGGCUGCCCCAAGGGCUUCUAUGGCAAGCACUGUCGCAAGAAGUGCAACUGUGCCAACCGGGGCCGGUGCCACCGCCUCUACGGGGCCUGCCUCUGCGAUCCGGGACUCUAUGGCCGCUUCUGCCACCUUGCCUGCCCACCGUGGGCUUUUGGGCCGGGCUGCUCGGAGGAGUGCCAGUGCGUGCAGCCCCACACUCGGUCCUGUGACAAGAGGGACGGCAGCUGCUCCUGCAAGGCCGGCUUCUGGGGCGAGCGCUGUCAGGCAGAAUGCGAGCCAGGCUACUUUGGGCCAGGGUGCCGGCAGGUGUGCACUUGCCCAUUAGGCGUGGCCUGCGACCCCGCGAGUGGCGUGUGUGGGAAGCAGUGUCCCGCUGGCUUCCAGGGUGAGGACUGUGGCCAAGAGUGCCCGGUGGGGACGUUCGGAGUGAACUGCUCGGGCUCCUGCUCCUGUGGGGGGGCCCUCUGCCACGGGGUCACGGGGCAGUGCCAGUGCCCGCCGGGGAGGACCGGGGAAGACUGUGGGGCAGAUUGUCCCGAGGGCCGCUGGGGGCUGGGCUGCCAGGAGAUCUGCCCGGCGUGCCAGCACGGUGCCCGCUGUGACCCUGAGACUGGAGCCUGUCUGUGCCUCCCUGGCUUCGUCGGCAGCCGCUGCCAGGAUGUGUGCCCAGCAGGCUGGUUUGGUCCCAGCUGCCAGACAAGGUGCUCUUGUGCCAAUGAUGGGCACUGCCACCCUGCCACUGGACGCUGCAGCUGUGCCCCUGGGUGGACUGGCUUCAGCUGCCAGAGAGCCUGUGAUAGCGGGCACUGGGGACCUGACUGCAGCCGUCCCUGCAACUGCAGCACUGGCCACGGGAGCUGUGAUGCCGUCACUGGCCUGUGUGUGUGUGAGGCUGGCUAUGAGGGCCCGCGGUGCGAGCAGCGGUGUCCCCAGGGCCGCUUUGGGCCUGGCUGUGAGCGGCAGUGCCAGUGUCAGCAUGGAGCAGCCUGUGACCACAUCAGCGGGGCCUGUAGCUGCCCUGCCGGGUGGAGGGGCACCUUCUGUGAGCGUGCCUGCCCGGCUGGCUUCUUUGGCUUAGACUGCCGCAGCGCCUGCAACUGCACCGCCGGGGCCGCCUGUGACGCCGUGAACGGCUCCUGCCUCUGCCCCACUGGCCGCCGGGGCCCCCACUGUGCUGAGACCUGCCCUGCCGGCCUGUAUGGUGACAGCUGUCAACAUUCCUGCCUCUGCCAGAAUGGAGGGACCUGUGACCCUGUCUCAGGCCACUGUGCAUGCUCGGAGGGCUGGGCCGGCCUGGCCUGUGAGAAGGCCUGCGCCGAGGGCACAUUCGGGCCUGGCUGUGAGAGGCGCUGUGCCUGCCGGCGGGGAGCCCCCUGCCACCAUGUCACCGGGGCCUGCCUCUGCCCCCCGGGGUGGGGGGGCUCCAGGUGUGAGAAUGCCUGUCUGCGGGGCUGGUUUGGAGAGGCCUGUGCCCAACGCUGCAGCUGCCCACCCGGCGCUGCCUGCCACCACGUCACCGGGGCCUGCCACUGCCCCCCCGGCUUCACUGGCUCCAGCUGCGAGCAGACCUGCCCGCCUGGCCGCUUUGGGGAGGACUGUUUGCAGAUGUGCCAGUGUCUCAGUGAGAACCAGGCCUGCCACCCUGCCACUGGGCUCUGUGAGUGUGCUGCUGGCUACCACGGCCCUGACUGCCGGCAACGUUGCUCGCCCGGGCGGUAUGGGCCAGGCUGUGAACAGCUGUGUGGGUGUCUCAACGGGGGCUCCUGCGAUGCAGCCACGGGGGCCUGCCGCUGUCCCGCCGGGUUCCUCGGUCCCGACUGCAGCCUCACCUGUCCGAAGGGCCGAUCCGGCCCCAACUGCACCCAUGUGUGUGAGUGUGGGCAGGAGGGGGCCUGUGACCCUGUGACCGGCACCUGCCUCUGUCCCCCGGGAAGAGCCGGCGUCCGCUGUGAGCGAGGCUGCCCCCAGAACCGGUUUGGUGUGGGCUGUGAGCACAUCUGCUCCUGCAGAAACGGGGGCCUGUGCCAUGCCGCCAACGGCAGCUGCUCCUGUGGCCUGGGCUGGAUGGGGCCACAGUGUGAGCUGGCUUGUCCCCCUGGGCGCUACGGAGCCGCCUGCCAUCUGGAGUGUUCCUGCCACAACAAUGGCACGUGUGAGCCAGCCACGGGUGCCUGCCGCUGCGGCCCCGGCUUCUACGGCCAGGCCUGCGAGCACUCCUGUCCCCCUGGCUUCCACGGGGCUGGCUGCCAGGGGGUGUGCCAGUGUCAACACGGAGCCCCCUGCGACUCCAUCAAUGGCCGGUGCCUCUGCCCUGCCGGCUUCUAUGGCCACUUCUGUGAGAAGGGGUGUGAGCCAGGCUCAUUUGGAGAAGGCUGCCACCAGCGGUGUGACUGCGAUGGGGGGGCACCCUGUGACCCUGUCACCGGCCUCUGCCUUUGUCCACCUGGGCGCUCAGGACCCACCUGUAACCUGGAUUGCAGAAGGGGCCACUUCGGGCCCAGCUGCGUCCUGCACUGUAACUGCGGGGGUGGGGCCGACUGCGACCCCGUCAGUGGACAGUGUCACUGUGUGGAUGGCUACAUGGGGCCCACAUGCCAGGAAGGUGGGCCCCUCCAGCUCCCCGAGAGCCUGUCCCUAGCCCAGGGCCCAGCGGCCACACUGCCCGCCUCCAGCAGACCCUCAUCCCGGAGCGGUGGACCGGCGAGGCACUAGCAGAGGCAGCCCUGUGGAGCCCACGUCUCGAGUCCCAGCCAGAGGGGACCCAGGCCUUUGGUGACCACUGAGAAGGACACUGCAUGGGCCCAGAGCUCCUGGAACCGCCGUUCCUUUGCGGGCCGUGGAGAGCUGUGGACAGCCGAGCAACCCGCCGCUCUCGGAGGCUGGCAUGGCCCUGAGGAGUGAAACCUCACGUGGUCGCCGGACGAGAGGCUCCUCCCUGCUGACUCUGCAACCCAGGGGCACGCUCCUGGCCUGGGCUGAGGAAGCCCUGCUCUCUCUGAGGCUUUGAAUUGGAUCAGGGACAGGUGUGGGCGCCAGUGUGGGCACAGGGCUACUGUCCUCAGACAGACUUUUUGGUGCUAGGCCCUGGGACUGGAAGCCCGCCCGUAUUUAUGUGAAGGUAUUUAUGGGCUGCUGCACAGCCCUCAAAGCCCGGGGUCAGCUGGCAGCUGCCCGCCGUCUCCCGCCGAUCCCCAGAACCCCCGAUUCCGGUCUCGCCAGGCUGCCGGCGUGGGUACCCUGUUAUCACAUACAAUGAGUUCUAAAUUUCUUUUCAAAGAAUCACGAUGUCAGCAUGUUCAGCUCUCUGAUUCUUUAAUUUU